UCUAUCUUCCAUCCCAUCAACCACUCUCAAAAUUUCCAAUUUUUCACUUAAUAUAAGCUCUUCCUUGCAAGAAGAACACCCUGAAGAAAAUCACACAUUUUGUUUCAAGAUUCAAACUACUCAUUAAUUUCUUCCCUAUAGUUUUCUUCAAAUGAAGCCUUCUUGUGUACUAGUCUCUCUUCUCAUUUUGUCACUUAUCCUUACAAAGGCUCAAGGGAUACGUUUGGGGAAAGAGUCCUUAACAUUUAAGCAACAAAAAAAACAUGUAGGAGAAGAAGCUACUCUUUGCAAUGACCAAGAACAAUGCACAGGAAAUAUAAAGAAUAGGAAACUUGUUACCACUUCAAUUUCUACAACUAAAUCCUUAUCAAAGAAUUUGAAGAACAGAGAGGAUGUGGCUAACACCUCAGUAAAUGGCAAUACUAGAAAUGUGAAUGUGAAUGGGGAAGCAAAGGAUAUAAAAGUAAAAUCAUUGAGUACUACUACUAAGUAUCUUCCUGAGGACUUUGUAGACAUAACUGAGAUGGAUUAUUCACCAGCUAGGAAAAAGUCUCCAAUACACAAUUAAUUGAGUCUAGGUAGAAAAUUAAACAGACAAAAGUUCCUUAUAUUUGGAUAAAUUAAAUAGUAUUAUAUAUUAUUAUAUUAUAGACAGAACAGUCGAGCAUUGCAGAAAUGCUGCAAUUUUUUAAGGCUUGGGAAUGAUUUGUACAUUAUAUAUGUUCUUCUUUCACCUUUACUGAUAUGUUAAAAUUCUA